UAUUUGAGCUGUGAGUGUAGCCUUGAGCCGUGAGGAACCUUAACAUCCUCAACAACAACAAAGAAGAUCAUGGACGAUGCAGACGCCCAGGAGAGAGAACAUUUUCAACGGAUUGUUCGAGCAUUUAAGUCUUACAGGCACCAGAUCUUAAAGAAAGUGACGGAGAAAGAAGGAUACAUCAAGACUUUACCGCCACACCACCAGUCAUUUCUGGAGUCCUACAAGAGUCACCUGGACAAGCAAAGAGUCUGCAUUGAACAUAAUGCAGAGAUCAUCAAAUUAAUAAUUAAGGACGUGGAAAAUAUGUUUGAGAAUGUUCAACAUGACCCUCUGAAUACAGAAGAUGAGCUUGGAAAUAAUUUGUUGGCCCCUGACAUUGAGAAGGUUCAGUCAACCAUCAGGCAAAUUGUACGUGAUUGGUCAUCGUCAGGAGAACAUGAGAGAAGCCAGUGUUAUGGGCCAAUCAUUAAUCAGAUUGAGCUUCUCUUUCCCCAAGAUCAAGUGUGUGCCCAGGACAUCAAUAUACUUGUGCCUGGCGCUGGGCUCGGUCGCUUGGCGUAUGAACUUGCAAGACGAGGCUAUGCUUGCCAAGGAAAUGAAUUCAGUCUAUUUAUGCUCUUCGCCUCAAACUUCGUCCUUAACAAGUGUCGUGGGUUGAACAGUUUGCGGGUGUACCCUUGGGUUCACUCGGGCAGCAACACACUGCUUAACUCUGACCAGUUGCGUGCAGUUACCUUUCCUGAUGUGGACCCGUCUGAUCUUCCACCACGGUCACAAUUUACAAUGGCUGCUGGAGAUUUUUUAGAGAUUUACACUGAAGACGGCGUCUGGGAUUGUGUUGCUACGUGUUUCUUCAUUGACUGUGCAAAUAAUAUUGUGGCUUUUAUUGAAACAAUAUACAAAAUUUUAAAACCCGGUGGAUAUUGGGUGAACCUAGGGCCACUUCUGUACCACUUUGCUGACCAGCCUGGCGAGCUGUCCAUCGAGCCCAGCUACGAGGAAGUGAAACGUAUUGUCCUGGGCAUCGGCUUUAAAAUUACCGUCGAGGAGAUGGGACACAGCACAGUGUACACACACAACGCACGGUCGAUGCUCAACUAUGAAUACCAGAGCAUCUUUUUCGUAGCUCAAAAACCAUUUUGAUAAUACUUUGUGUUUCAUAAAAACAUUUUAAGUUUGAUUAGACACGCUUUUGUCUAAUUUUAUGAAAAUGAUUACAUUAUUCUUUGUGUACUUUCUCAGUGAAUUCUUCUGAUGAAUAAUUUUAGAAUUACAUAUGUAAUAGUAUAAUUUAAAGUGAUUUUCUAUAGUAGUGCAGUUUAUUCCUUCAUCAACUUGGUUACCUUGAUGAUGAAUUAACUGUCAACUCAAAACGCAGUUUGGAAAUCUAAAGUAUUUCUGCAAUUAUGGUAAUGCAGAAGGAAGAAAUCUAUUUAGUAUGUUUAUUUAAAAUUAUUUAAAAUGAAUUUAUGUUUUCCAUGUACUGUACUACAUUAGUACUAUUGUGCAAAAUUAUCAAUAUACUAUUAAUAUGUAUUUAAAGUACUGUAUCUUUUGGAUUCCCAGUGGAGUUAAAAUAGGUAUGCUGUUACCCUUUAGAUGGGGUUCCUAGAUGUUGAAGUGCUCUUAAUCCAAGGAGUUGGAACUCCCCUUCCUUUCCUUGGAUUAAAGCUGAUUACCUCCCUUACAGACUUAAGUGUUUCCCCCAUGAAUAUAAAAAUACUGUCAAAAAAAAAAUGCCUUAGAAUUAGUGCAAUUGGCUGACAGUUUGAGCUUAACAAACAGGCUGUGAAAUGCCUUCCGACUUUAUAAGUCUUACUAACAAGGUACAACAAUUUGAGAAAUCAACAAAGCCAAUAAUUCUGUGAGAUAUAUAGCAAUUUUGGGACCAAUUUUACAUAGGUUUUUGGUACCAGUUUUCAUAAAUUGUAUUAUCAGAGUGGAUGCACUCUCAGUACUUUUGGUGCUAUUGAUGUCCUUUUGUUAUCUGUCCAGGGGUUAAAAAUGGACAGGAAGGGAAGGGACUUAUUUCCAGUAAUACUGUUCUUUAUAAUUAUUCUACCCUAAUUGCUAUUAUUAUCCACUAUUUACCUUAUAAAUUCUUGCCAUCUUGUACAAUUAUGUUCAUGUCGACCUUUAUUUCAUUAACCUUCGGCUAUCAUCUAAAACUAUUAAUUUUGUUGUUUACAGCUGUAGAAUUUAGGCAACCUAACUUUGAAUUUUGUAGGUAAUAAAAUAUAAAAUAAAAUACAGUAAUUUAAAAAAGUUAAAAGUCAUAUAUUUCUUGGUUUAAUGUUCAUAUGUCUUCCCAUUAUAUUAACCCACUCACACAUCGUCUUUCCCAUUGAAAAUACAAGCCUUUCCCAGUGAGGAUAAAGAGUUUUACACCAUAAGCCACUGCCAUGUACUGUGUUUUCUGCUUCAUAAUGGAUACUUGAGUGAUGGGUAACCUAGAAAGUUUUUUGGUUUUGACUACUUAGUUUGAUUAUAGGCGCUGUGUGACUCAUACAAAUUUACCAUGGUGCUUGCCCAUGAAUAUAAUAAUUGAAUAAUUAGAAAUAAAUAUUAGAAUCAAA